CUAUUCUAGUUUAAUAAUUUUUUAGAUUGUAUUCAGUAUUAUUAUAAUGUAAUUUUAUUGUUCAUAAUUGAAACCGGGGUGUUCAAAGACUCUUUAUUCGAAAUGACUACUCCACAAAAGCUAGAUUUUGACAGAUUCUUUUCUGAAGUAAGUAAAAGACGAAGACCAUGUGCGAUAAGACAAUCCGUUGCCACUUUAGCAAAAAGUUCGCCGACGAAUAUUUCCUUUGGCCCAGGUAUGCCGAACCCAUCUACCUUUCCCUUUGAAAGUAUUGAUGUCAAAAUCAAAAACGGUUCAACAGUCAAGAUAGAGGGGGAGGAACUUGCGAGAGCUUUGCAAUAUUCGAAGUCUGGGGGCAUUGAAGAGCUAAAGGAAUGGCUGCGGAAAAUUCAAAAACAUUAUCACGAACCGCCUCUUAUGAACAAACAUAGCGAAGUAGAAUUCGACUUAUAUGUAUCAGUUGGAAGUCAAGAUGGCCUGGCUCAAACAUUAGAUAUGCUUCUAUCACCGGGAGAUAAUAUUUUAAUUGAUGAUCCCGUGUUUUCAGGAACUCUUGGAUUUCUAAAGCCUCUCCCAAUUCAUCUCAUCCCUGUAGAAACAGAUGAGUUCGGAAUGAAAGCUUGCAGACUCAAAGAAAUUAUGCAAACUUGGAACAUUGAACAAGAAUCAAAACGGCCCAAAGUUAUUUACACAAUUCCUAACUGCAGUAACCCAACUGGUGCAACUGCUUCGGCAGAAAGGAAAAAAGAAAUAUAUAAGAUAGCUCAAGAAUACGAUCUGGUGAUUGUCGAGGAUGAUCCGUAUUAUUUUCUGCAAUACGGCGAUGACAUUGCUUCAAGCUAUCAAGCUCUUGACACCGAUGGUCGCGUGCUCAGAAGUGACUCAAUGUCGAAGGUGUUAUCGGCCGGAAUACGCCUAGGAUGGGUAUCUGGAGCAAAACCUUUUAUUCAAAAGCUGAUACUCAAUCAAGAGGUGACAACGCAACACAACAGUACUUUAAUCCAGAUGAUCGUAUUGAAACUUUUGGAACAAUGGAAAUUUGUCGGAUUUCAGAAUCACCUAACCGAUAUCAAAAAGUUUUAUAAAUCACAACGAGAUGCUAUCAUAUCCAGCGCUAACAAGUGGCUUACAGGAUUAGCGGAAUGGAAUGUUCCCGAAGGUGGAAUGUUUUUGUGGCUCAAAUUAUUCGGGAUCGAUGACACAAAGGAAUUGGUUCAGAGGGGUAUAAUAGAAAAAGAGAUUGUUAUGAUUCCGGGAUCAGCUUUUAAUGUAGAAGAUAACACAAAAUCAUCAUUUUGCAGACUAUCUUUUUCGCUCAUAUCACCUGAAAAUAUUGAGGAGGGAAUUCAGAGACUUUCUAAUCUGGUUCGUGAAGAGUUGCAUAACAACAACAAAUAAAUUUCUGUGGUACAAUUUUAAGAAAAAUCACGAAGAGUUUCUACAUAAAUCUAAUUUAUUACAAUUCUUCAAAAUAAAAUAUUCUUAAAAC